AUGGUCGUUUUAGUCCCAAGGCGGCGCCCAAGGACGAUGGGGAACAACAACAACACCACCAGCAGCAGCAGCAACAACAGCGCCGACGACAACGAUAACGGCAACAACGGCAACAACUGUAUUUCUCCCGGCUUCAGCAACAACACUGGUACUGCCAUUUGCCACAAGAACAGCUAUCACACCCAUGGUCAGGCUGCCACUGCUGAUCUCUCCAUGACUCCGCAUUUCAUGAUCACUGUGCGGGACAUGCCAUAUACUGUGACCAACUCGUUCAAGAGAGGUCUAAUGAUGCACACCUACGGGCGCCCCAUACGGCGCAUAUUUGAUGAAGAAUCACGUCCAGCAGCUAAAAAACGACGUGUUCAAUCGGACUCCGCUCUAAAGGGUCCCACCGAAGACGAAAACAACCUCGAAUGCGCCAUACGCGAAUCUUCUGCUGCCAUCUUGUCCAGUCCGUCGCGUCGCAACUCAAUUGCCGCCCUCUCUGAAGACCUGGACGAUGAUCUCUCAACGCCCCCUUCUUCGCCUCCAUUACAACUAACCCCGCCUCCAGUGAACACACGCAAACCCACUUUUGCAUUCCUGAAGCGGAAACGCGCUGCCACGAACACUCCUACAAAUGGGACCCCCUUGACAGAGGUAAACUUUAACAGUGUUCGGGCAUCCCUGGAUCCUCCAAAGAUGAAUGCAAAACAUCAACAGGUCCAAUCUCAACAACGCACACUGAAGCAGAUGCAAAUAGACCUGGGAGGGGAGAUGCGCAAAACAUGCUCCUCCUGUGGGAUGGAAUAUGUCCCCUCAAACGCGGAGGAUGUCGCGUUACACAAGAAAUAUCAUGACAUGAACUCGAGCGGAGUUGACCUGGGCAAGGCAUUUGUGCGGGCAAACGCGUGCCGCUGGGUGUACGAAGCCGCCAGAUUCGACGAGGGCUAUGUCGUGAUAAUCGACAGGAAGAGUUCCCCUUCCAGCCGGAACCAGGCCAUACGUGUCCUAGAGGUGGUGAACAAGGAGCUUUCUGCGCCGGACAUUGAGGAGUCGGUGUUAUGGAGCCAGAUCCGGCCGCCUAAGCGGCUGAGAAAGAAUGGAACGAAGGAAGAAGUGGAUCGGUUUAAGGUGUUCUUGCACAUGAAGGAUAGCAAGUGUGUAGGACUUUGCUUGACGGAGCGGAUUUGGGAGUCGCAUGUGGUGAAGCGGUCGGGCCGUGAUGGUCGCGCAAGGGCGAGCGCGAAUGGCGAGCGGUUUAGUAGUUCAUCCAUCACGGCUAGCGAAGAGGUUCACCCAGCUGUCGUCGGGAUCUCGCGUGUUUGGACAUCUGCCUCUUCGCGGCGAAAGGGUAUAGCAAUGGAUCUUCUCGAUUGCGUGGUGAGCAAUUAUAUCUACGGCAUGGAGAUUCCUAAAUCGCAGAUUGCGUUUAGCCAGCCGACCGAGAGUGGGUAUCGGUUACUCGAGGCCUUUUUUGGACCGGACGAGUUGUGGCAUGUCUAUAAGGAGAUCUAA